AUGACGGAAAUAGAAAGGGCAGACAAAACUAUGAAUAAAACCCUUUUUAAAUUUACAAUACUCACCCCACUCGCCUUUUUGCCUCCUGACCAUCUCGAAGCCUACGAUUGUCCUGUAACGGAACGGUUUGCAAAAGCUGUCGCUGAUCGUGUCUGGGAAGAUUUACACCGUCCAAUUUUCACUCCGAGCACCGCCGGCGAGGCAUUCAUCAACUCUGAUUUCGACAUUUUUGAAAACCGUUUCUUAAAGAACUCUGAGUAUGCAAUUUUAGUUGUGCCCGGCCAACAAGCGGUCUGCCUGGAUCUCGUAUAUGGGCGGCUGUUAGUUUUCCUCACGCUGCGAUCAACGUGGAGAACAAGGUUCAUCCUCAUUUACAUUGGAGAUCCUGUCGGUCAGAAAUUAUUUGAACCCAGCAUUUUUCAAACGGAACCUCUGGUCUUUUCUGCAUCGCCUGACGUGUGGGAUACAGAGACAGAGAAAUGGGAUAAACUGCUUGGAAUAUUACGCAGUAAGUUCAGUAGCCAUACUGAUUUUCGCCUUGUUUUUCGAUGA